AUGGCACCUUACGAAGCUUUGUAUGGCCGAAAGUGUAGAACUCCUUUGACUCUGACAGAGGUGGGCGAUAGACAGGAAAUGGGUACGAUAAUUGUGGGUGCACCUGUUAAAAAGAUCAAUCUGAUUAAAGAAAAAUUGAAAGCUGUUGGUGACUUUGUGUAUGUCAAAGUUAGUCCGAUGAAAGGUGUGAGCAGAUUUGGUAGAAUAAGCAAGCUCAGUCCAAGGUAUGUCGGACCUUUUGAGAUUAUUGAAAGGAUUGGUAAGUCUGCUUAUAUAUUGUUGUUAUUUGAUCAGCUGUCUGAUGUGCAUAAUAUUUUUCACAUAUCCACUUUGAGAAAGUGGAUAUCUGAUUCUGACAAGAAGUUGUCUGCUGAUGAGGUUGAGAUUCAGGAGGAUCUGCAGUACAAGGAAGAACCUGAGAAGAUUUUGGCCUAUGAUGUUCGCAAGUUAAGAAGUAAACAGAUUCUGAUGGUUAAAGUGCAGUGGAAGCACAGAACAGCACGGGAAGCGACUUGUGAGAAGGAGUCGGACAUGAGACAGUCAUAUCCGUAUCUAUUUUGA